ACCUCCUAAUGAUGGAGAAAAUUGUGUUUUUAGUAUUGAAGGCAGCACUGAUUCUGUCAGUGUUAUGUCAAUCAUGUAUCUGCAGUAGUGAUUUCUUUGAUAUUGUUGAACUUGCUAACUUAAAUGGGAGAGUUGGUGAUGAUGUAAUGUUUGUGAGGGAGUCAAAUGGGCUGGAAGCUUAUCAAUUAUCUCAUCCAAUUACUAUAUCAGCAAAUAAUAGUGACUGGAUUAAUCUCAGCAAGAGGCUGCCUAACAGUGCUUAUUUUGCUCAUAUUGAUAGUAACUAUACUGGUAAUGUCUUUGUGUGGUCAACUGAAUCCAGCAGUGUCAUUGUUAAACUUGAUAUUAUGAGAGAAGUAACAGAGCAGAAGUUUCUCAGUGUACAGAUAUUAGACAGAGAAGCAAUAAAGUUUGUAUUGCCAGCAUCAAAUUCUACCUACCGUACAAUUGGACUGAGAAUAGCUUAUGGCUGUACUGUCACUGCCUUUGUUGACUGCUAUGAGUUAACUUCUGCUGAUCAGCCUGAUUUAAUUCAUGGGAUAAAUAGUACUAAAGACAUUUCUAUUUUUGAAUCAGCAUCAUAUUCAAAUAUGCCAAAAGUUUCUCAUUUGAUUUUUUCAUCUAAAGCUAGCACUGCUGUUAUUGAUUGCCCACGAAUAAAGGUCAAAGUAGGAGCUGAUAAACAGGGGAUAAGGGGUCCUGCUGGACAAAGAGGUCCACAAGGAUUUAAAGGAGAUGUUGGUGACAGUGGUGUUCAAGGACCUUCAGGAAACAAUGACAUUAGAGGAAGACAAGGACGUCCAGGCUCUCCUGGAACUUCUGGUGAUGGUGGUGAUAAAGGUGAAAUGGGUAGUCUUGGGGAUAAAGGAGAUAAAGGGGAGAUGGGUCCCCCUGGAAUUCAAGGCCUUAUUGGUGAUCCUGGUGAAAGAGGAAUGAAUGGUACAAAAGGAAUGAAAGGAGAGAAUGGAACUAGAGGAGACAAUGGAAUGAUUGGAUUACCUGGAGACAGAGGAGGGAAAGGACAUCAGGGAGACAAAGGAAUAAAUGGAAAUGAUGGUACUAUUGGGAGGCGUGGAAAACCAGGGCUUGUUGGAAUGAAGGGUGCUAUUGGAUUCAAAGGAGAAAAUGGGACUGAAGGUAUGAAAGGAAUGAAAGGAGAGCCUGGAAGUAGAGGGCCAAUUGGACUAAAAGGCGAAACAGGAUCACAGGGUCUUAAAGGAAUUAAAGGAAUUAAAGGACUCAAUGGUAGUACUGGCUUUAAAGGCAAUAAAGGAGAAAAAGGAGAAAAAGGAGAGAAAGGAGUUAAUGGAACUAAAGGACCCUCAGGAGACAUGGGAAUAAAAGGAGAAAGAGGUCCCAUUGGACUAAAAGGAGACAAAGGAACCAUUGGUGAUAGUGGGAAUAAUGGAACUGAUGGCCUUCCAGGAAUGAAUGGUACAGAAGGAAUCUCUGGUGAAAAUGGAACGAUGGGUUCACCGGGACAGCAAGGCAUGUUAGGAGAAAAGGGACCGGAGGGAGGAAUUGGUUUACCUGGAGUUAAUGGAACUUCAGGGGUCAGAGGAAGAAGAGGAUUACCUGGUCGUGUAGGUAAUAUUGGUGCAUUAGGUGAUAAAGGAGAAAAGGGCCAGAAUGGAUCAAUGGGAAUGAAUGGUGAACCUGGCAAUAAGGGACAGCGUGGAUUAGAUGGUGAUAGAGGAAACAAUGGUAGCAAGGGAAUUAAAGGAGUUAAAGGAGAAGUGGGUCCCCCUGGAAGUGUAGGCCCUAUUGGUGAUCCUGGUGAAAAAGGAAUGAAUGGUACCAAGGGAAUGAAAGGAGAGAAUGGAACUAGAGGAGACAUUGGAAUAAUUGGAUUACCUGGAGACAGAGGAGGGAAAGGAUAUCAGGGAGAUAAAGGAAUAAAAGGACAAAAUGGCAUUACUGGAAGAUACGGACCUCCAGGAUUAAAAGGAAUGAAGGGAGCUGUUGGAAAUAAAGGAGAAAAUGGAACUAAUGGUACCAUUGGUAUGAAAGGAGACACUGGUAGUAGAGGCCCAAAAGGACCAUUAGGCAAAAUGGGAUCACCUGGCCUCCAUGGAGUAAAAGGACUACAAGGUGAAAUUGGUGAUAAAGGUGAAAAAGGAAACCAGGGGAAAAAAGGGUUUAAAGGUGGAGUUGGAAGUAAAGGAAUAAAAGGAGAUGAAGGAAUGAAAGGAGAAAGAGGCCCCAUUGGUCCACAAGGAGAAGAGGGAAGCCAUGGUACUCGUGGAAGAAGAGGUGUUCCUGGACAAAAAGGUAUGAAAGGGUCUAUUGGUGACACUGGUGAUAUUGGUGAAAAGGGAGUGAAUGGCUCUCUUGGUGAGAAGGGAAUGACUGGUUUAAAUGGUAGCAAAGGCGACAUGGGGCCAAAGGGACCAGAUGGAUCAAAGGGACCAGAAGGAUGCAUGGGAGAAAAGGGGAGAAAUGGAAGUAAUGGAACUUUUGGAGACCCUGGCUGUAAAGGCUCUAAAGGCAUUAAAGGUGAAAUUGGUCCUUCUGGUAAUGAUACCAUUGGAUUAAAGGGUGAAAGAGGUGCCUCUGGAAUGCAAGGUUCUAAUGGAACUAAAGGCAUUAAGGGUAUGACUGGUGAUAUUGGAGAGAAUGGUUGGAUUGGUACCAAAGGCUUAAAAGGAUUAAAAGGCCAAAUUGGAGAUCAGGGAUUUAAGGGGUUUAAGGGCAGAAUAGGUGAUCGAGGUGAUUUGGGAGAUGUUGGAAACAUUGGUCCUGAUGGUAUUAAUGGUACUAAGGGAAAUUCAGGUCCUCCUGGUGCUGAUGGAUCUAAAGGAUCGGUUGGUUUUAUUGGUAAAACUGGAGACAAAGGAAGAAACGGUACACGUGGUGACAAAGGCAUGAGAGGAGAGAAGGGCAUUCCUGGUGAAAAGGGUGAUAUUGGGAAUCAAGGACCUAGAGGUUUUCAAGGAAUAGUUGGAGCUCGUGGAAGCCCUGGAGAACAAGGUGAAAAAGGCACUGUAGGUAGUCAAGGAGACAAUGGCACAAGAGGAGAUGAAGGAAUGAAAGGAGAGUCAGGUCGUGCUGGUAAACCUGGCCAAAAGGGAGUUAAAGGAGCAAAGGGAUUUUCUGGACAACCAGGGCAUAGAGGAGAUACAGGGAAUGUAGGACAUACAGGAAAAAAAGGUCUUCCUGGUGGCCCUGGUCAAGUUGGAAGUACUGGGGAAAACGGUGCAAGAGGAAUGAAGGGUGUCACUGGUGCCAAAGGACUUAAUGGAUCAAAAGGUGACAAUGGAAGCACAGGAAUGAUGGGAAGACAUGGGAAAAUGGGUCUGCAAGGUGUAAAGGGUAUAACAGGAGAUGAUGGUGACACUGGAAAUAUUGGUGAAACUGGAUUUAAUGGUAUACCUGGUCGAAAUGGUAGUAAAGGAAUGGAAGGGAACACAGGCUCAAAGGGGAAGAAGGGCUCUACAGGUGGGAUAGGGUCUAAAGGAAUGAAUGGCAUUAAAGGUGACACCGGUAACCAAGGUGACAGAGGAUUAAAUGGUUUGACUGGGCCUACGGGAAAGAAUGGACAACCAGGAAUCCAAGGAUUGCCUGGUAAUAAAGGAUUCAAGGGAAUGAUUGGCUGGAAAGGAGAAAAAGGGUCAAAAGGUGACACUGGUAGACCUGGAUCACGGGGAGAAUUUGGUGAAAAAGGUAGUGAUGGAUUGAUUGGACCUUUAGGAAAAAGAGGAUUGUUACAAGGAUUGACUGGACAGAAAGGACUUAAAGGUGAAACUGGCGAUAUUGGGUCUAAAGGAAGUUUAGGAGCAAUGGGUUUUACAGGAAAGAGUGGACAGCCUGGGAAACUUGGCCCUAGUGGGAAAAAUGGUCGUCCUAGCCCUCCUCCUCUUUUUGGUAACCCUGGAGAUAAGGGUGAAAAAGGAUUUAUUGGUUCACCAGGUAUGAAAGGAGAUAGUGGAUUGACUGGAGAAAAAGGAAUGACAGGCACUAUUGGUAGUACUGGCUCAAUAGGUGAUCCUGGUAAUGAUGGAUUGCCUGGAACUAAUGGAUCAACUGGGCCAUCUGGUAAAAAUGGCCUUACUGGAUCUGUUGGUGGCACUGGGGACCAAGGAGAAAAUGGAGAAAAUGGGAAUGAUGGAUUAACUGGAAAAAGUGGUAUUGAUGGCAUGAAGGGACCACUUGGAGAGAAAGGCUCAUUUGGUAUUAAUGGAACUGAUGGUAUUCCUGGAGGAAUAGGUGAUAAAGGAAUGAAUGGAAUAACUGGUGAUCCUGGUGACAAUGGUACUGAUGGUGAGUCUGGAGAUAAUGGAGCUCCAGGAGACAAAGGUCGUACUGGCAAACCAGGACCAGUUGGAGAAGUUGGUAUGGUUGGUUCUAAAGGUGACCAUGGGUGUAAAGGCAUUAAUGCAACUGUUAUAGGCCCACCUGGUGAACAAGGUAUUCCAGGUGAAACUGGUUUGUCUGGUUUAAAAGGAUCUAAUGGAACUAUUGGAGUGAUAGGACCAAAUGGAACUGAAGGAGAUUUUGGAGAUGAUGGAGGAAAUGGAGGUGUUGGUGAAGAAGGUAUCAAAGGAGAACAAGGUGAUCAAGGCAUGAAAGGUGCCCCUGGUAAACUGAUUCGUCCACCUGGUCCACCUGGACCACUUGGUACUAGAGGAAGAAAAGGUCCUCCUGGAAUGAAAGGAAUUAGAGGGGAUGAAGGACCCAUUGGGCCUAAAGGUUUUAUGGGAGAAAGAGGAAAACGUGGAGUCCAAGGAAAUAAAGGAGAUACUGGACCUAACGGAGACUCAUUUGGCCUUAUUGCUACGGUAUAUCAGAAUGAAAGUGGAUUGCAGCAGGAUGGUGGUCACCAACAAGGUGACAUGGCUUUUAAUCUGGAGAAUCAAAGUUUAUACAUUUAUGUCAAUGCCACAACUGCCUUAAGAGCAUGUUCUGACUUCAUCCCUGGACCUCCUGGUCCUCCUGGUGAACGAGGUUUAAGAGGAAAGCCUGGAGUAGCUGGUGAGAAGGGAGAUCCUGGACUACCUGGAUUAAAAGGAGAUCCUGGUCCUAUUGGUAGACCUGGAAAAAUGGGCAUUAAAGGAGCUACUGGUCCUAAAGGAAUGAAAGGAGACAAAGGAGUGAGAGGAAUGAAGGGUAAUCAAGGUUUAAAGGGAAUAAAAGGAGAGAAUGGAUCCACUGGCCCUAAUGGAACGGCAGGGUUUCCUGGAAUGAAAGGAGAGAAAGGAAACAGUGGUUCCACUGGAUUAAAAGGAGAGAAAGGAGACAUUGGUCCACCGGGAGAAAAGGGAAAUAAUGGAACAAAAGGAGAUAAAGGAGAUCAAGGAAUGAAAGGAGAUCCUGGACCAAAGGGAGAGAUAGGCGAGGAAGGAGACCCUGGUAUUGAUGGUAUUAAUGGUACUAAAGGAGAACCUGGUAUGAAUGGACCAAAAGGUGAAAGAGGAGAAAGAGGUGAUAAAGGAUAUCAAGGAUUAAGGGGUAAACCAGGUCCACCUGGUAAUAAAGGAGAAAUAGGACUUCCAGGAAUUGAUGGAGAAACUGGCUUAGUAGGGGAGCCUGGAAAAAUGGGUCCUGCUGGACCAAAAGGAAUAAAAGGAGAAAAGGGAUGCAAUGGAACUACUGGUAUGAAAGGAAGUAAAGGUGAAAAGGGAAUGAGAGGCCCUCGUGGUCCUAAGGGGGAGGAAGGCUUACGUGGUCCAGAAGGUAAAAUGGGCCCUGAAGGUGAUAAAGGUGAAACAGGUCGUCAAGGAAAACCAGGUCCCCCUGGAAUGAAAGGAUUUAAAGGGAUAAAAGGAGACAAAGGAGAAAAGGGCGAUCAAGGUCUUAAAGGAAGAACUGGAAAACCAGGACCUAUUGGUAUGAAAGGUAACAUAGGACCACCUGGAUUAAAUGGUACUGAUGGCGCUAUUGGAAGACCUGGAAAGAUGGGUCCUCCUGGUCCCCUUGGCCCUUCUGGUAUAAAAGGAAUGAAAGGUAUGAAAGGAAUGAAGGGAAUGAAAGGACCACGUGGUGAUGAGGGACCUCCAGGACCACCUGGUAGAAAGGGACUGCCUGGAUUAUUUGGAGAGAAAGGAAACAAUGGUUCCGUUGGACCAAAAGGAGAUAAAGGAGACAUUGGUCCACCAGGAGAGAAGGGAAACAAUGGAACAAAAGGAGAAAAAGGAGAUCAAGGAAUGAAAGGAAAUCCUGGACUAAAGGGAGAGAAGGGCGAGAUAGGAGACCCUGGUAUUGAUGGUAUUAAUGGUACUAUAGGAGAACCUGGUAUUAAUGGAACAAAAGGUCAAAAAGGAGAGAAAGGUGAUGAAGGAUAUAAAGGAUUAAAGGGUAAACCAGGUCCACCUGGUGAGAUGGGAAAAACUGGACCUCCAGGUAUGAAUGGAACUUCUGGUCCAAGAGGAUUACCUGGAAAAAUGGGGCCUCCUGGACCUAAAGGAAUGAAGGGACAGAAAGGAUCAAAUGGAACUAUUGGUGAAAAAGGCAUGAAAGGUGAAACUGGUAUGGAAGGGCCUAUUGGUCAUACUGGUAGAAAAGGUAUACCUGGUCCUCAGGGUGAAAGUGGUGAUCCUGGAGAGAAGGGAAAUCGUGGACCAAAGGGAAACCCAGGCCUUAAAGGAAUGAAAGGUUUAGAUGGAUCAAAAGGAGAGGAAGGAAAGAAGGGCAAUCAAGGCCUGAGAGGAAGAAGAGGAAAACCCGGACCAAUUGGUGAAAAAGGAAAUAUUGGACCACCUGGAUUAAAUGGUACAAGUGGGCCUAUUGGAAGACCUGGAAAGAGGGGACCUGAAGGUCCUCCUGGCCCACCUGGUAUGAAAGGAAUGGAAGGAAUGAAAGGAAUGAAGGGAAUGAAUGGAUCAUGUGGUGAUGAGGGACCGCCAGGACCACCUGGUAGAAAGGGACUGCCUGGAGCUUUAGGAGAGAAAGGAAACAAUGGUUCCACUGGACCAAAAGGAGAUAAAGGAGACAUGGGUCCAAAGGGAGAUAAGGGAAAUAAUGGGACAAAAGGAUUUAAAGGAGAUAAAGGAAUAAAAGGAGAUCCUGGACCAAAGGGAGAAAAAGGUGUAAAAGGAGAUCCAGGUCCUAUUGGUAAUCCUGGCAAAGAAGGGCAAAAAGGCAAUGUUGGAGAUAAGGGAAAUAAAGGAGACCGUGGACCUAAAGGUUGCAAUGGAGAAAAAGGAAUAAAAGGAGAUAAAGGACACAAAGGAGAUCCUGGAGAAAAAGGUGAAAAGGGCAAUCCUGGACCAAAAGGAAACCCGGGACCCAUCGGACCCAAAGGAAAUGAGGGACAGAAAGGAGAAAAGGGAGACCAAGGUUUAAUUGGGCCAACUGGUGAUCCUGGACCUAUGGGUCCUCCUGGAAAUGGUACGAGAGGACCAAAAGGUGACAACGGCACAAAAGGAGAAAUUGGUCCUAAGGGAAAUAAUGGAACAAAAGGAGAAAAGGGAGAAAAAGGGAAAAAGGGCAUAAAAGGAUUGACAGGAGAUAAAGGCUGCAAAGGAAAUAAUGGAACUAGAGGAAUUAAGGGGGAUGAAGGAGAAAAAGGUCCAAAAGGAAAUCAAGGAUUAUCUGGAAGAAUUGGAAAACCUGGAAGAAAAGGUGAAAAGGGAGAUAUUGGUAUUAAAGGUAAGAAAGGUGAACAAGGACUUCAAGGAAGAACUGGAAAACCAGGCUUACUUGGAGCUAAAGGUGAAAAAGGCAUAAAAGGAGACAUUGGUCCUAUAGGAGAAAAAGGAAUAAAAGGUUGCAAUGGUACUAUUGGUGAUACUGGACUGCCUGGACUCAGAGGACCUCCAGGAAAACAAGGUUUACCUGGUAUAAAAGGCAGCAAAGGUAUUAAAGGAUUUAAAGGAUCAAAAGGUAGUAAGGGCAAUUUUGGACGUACUGGACGAACUGGUAAAAUUGGUCCACCUGGAAUGAAAGGAAUGAAUGGAAUAAAGGGAGCAAACGGAGUUAAAGGAUACGCUGGCUCUAGAGGCUCACCAGGAAUGAGGGGCCCACCUGGUCCCAAAGGAAUGAAAGGCGAGACUGGACUGAAAGGUGACCAAGGAAUGAUUGGAGAAGAGGGACUUAUGGGAGCAAAUGGAACAAAUGGAGAUACUGGCUUACCUGGUGCUAGAGGACCUCCUGGGAUGAAGGUGUGUAUUUAUGUUUUGAACCAGUCCACGCCCUCCGUACCUGCAGGUACGGAGGGCGUGGUCUGGCUACGCGAGACUAGUGGUCUCUAG